CAUCGGACAGUGGCCACUAAAGAAGCUUCCACAUCUCAGGAAAUGGCGUAAAAGUUUACUUCGUUGUUGUUAUAAAGACUGCAAAGUGUUUCAUUUGGAAAUUUUCCCUCCUCUAAAGAAAACGAUAAACAUCUGAGAAGUUCCAUGAACAAGAGAAACUGUAAUGGCAAAUACAUUUUAUAAGCGUCCAGGUACGACAGACAAAGGAAAAGACUACGAAGAUUUCUCUGUCGCUAAUCUCGUUCUACGACUAGUCACGAAUAAGCAAAUUCAAAAUUUCCAAAUAUCAUCCAACGACGAAAACUUCGGCGCUUUCGAUGACGUUGUUUUAGAGUACCAGACGGACAACAACUCUGAAGAAAAGUACGCCUUACAACUGAAACAUGUCAGAGGAAAAACCCUAACACUGAAAGCACUGACAGAAGACAGCGGAAACUACAGUAUCAAGAAAUACUUUAAAUCUUACCAACAAUUCAAGAAAAACGCCGGAGGCUAUAAACUCGCAAUUCUAACCAACGCAAAAUUUGAGGCCCAAGGUGGCACACCGCUUGAGUUUUUUGACGAAAACGAAAAAAUCCUUGUAAAGGCAGUGAAAUGCGAGGCAAAUCCGUUUAUAAACAUGUCGCAGAAGUCAGACCAGUGCUACAAGUUCCAAAUCGAGAAGGACUGUAAUUUUGCGAAAUUGGCUCAGUACGAUGAAUUUUUUCAAGCUUUCUUUUUGUACCCAAAUCAAGAAAACGUAGAUCAAGUGAAAAUUAAUGUCUUGACGAGAUUUGAAGAUAAUUUUUGUUCUAAUAUUUCAAUCGGGGAAAAGUAUCUCCAGUUUGUAGCAGAAUGGAGCAUUCGGGAAGGGAUGAAAGAGAAGUUGGAUAGAGACAUGAUGAGGAAAGUGAUCGGAAUGCAAGUGUUAUUGCCAUAUAUACAACCAUUAGUUUUCACUUCCGUCAAUGAGAAUAUCAAAUUGUUACAAAAAGUAAUUGAUACAUUUAACGUAACGUGCUUUGAUGAAGAUUGUUUAGAUUGUGUGAGACAAAUCUGGGGCGACGCUAGUAGUGAUUUAAAAGAUAUGACACAAAUAAAUUCUUUAUGUCAACAAUAUCAACUGUCGUUAAAAUGUAUCGAGUCCAUUGAAGAAUUAAGUGACACCGAGGCUUCCCAACUUUUGUGGUUGAUGAGGAAAGCUCCACUAAUAAUAACAAGAAAUUCUUCGACUCUUCAAGUUUUAGAUUUGUGCCACGAUCUAAAAUUUGUUCUGUUGGGAAGUCAGCCAUCGGAAUUAUCAAAAAUAUCAAUUUUUCACAGACUGUCAAACAUAACCGAUUCUCUUUUAUUGGAGGAGAUAACUAUCAAUUUCAAGUGUUCCUUUCAAGGAAAACAGCCAGUAACCUUGCAGGCGAUGAUGGAACAAAACGAAGGCAUUAAACACAUCGUGACAACAAAUGAACUCUUGCAGAUGGCAAAUGACUCGUGUCGAAUAGGAGGUGGUCAAGAUUUAAUACCAUCUCCUUACAUCAGUAGAAGUCUUUUGAAAAAUCUUAUAGAAGUAAAAUUUUUAGAUUCAGUAGACAACGACACGACAGUUAUAAUUAGCAACUUUUCUAAAAACAACUUUAAUGGGAAGAGAUAUGAGGUAAUAUUUUUCGACAAAGACAAAGACGAAAGCGGCGAAAAUCUAGACUUACUAGACGAUGUCGGUUUAGUUAAAGGCAAGUUAUACGUAACAGAAAAUGAAUUAUCUGUUAGUUCCGCUAAAAACUUCUCAUCGUCGGAAAAAUUCCAUUUUUUUAGAAUGAACGACGAUGGACACCUUGAGUGGAUAUCUAGUAGAGGAGGUGUGAGCGAUUUAGACCAAUAUGCAAUGAUAGACUACUUUAUGGAAGAAGCAGAGCUCUUGGAAUCACUCAACAAUAAUAUUGAUAUUAUCAACGGUGAUCCUGGUAUGGGCAAAUCCCUCUUGAUGAGCAAUUUAAAAAACAAUUUUUCUCCAAGUAUAUGGACAAUUAUAUUCUCUUCGAAAGACAUUUCUUUUUUAUGUUCUCAUCUCAGAAACAGAAGUGGUAACUUUGAAGCUUUUAUAGAUUUUAUUAUGAACGAGAAGUAUGGCCAUGGAAAAAUUUUCGACAAGAAGUUAUUAAAGUUGUUAAUUAAGAGCGGUCACGUGGUUUACUUCUGGGAUGCUCUGGAUGAAAUAUCGGACAAAGAGUUAAAACAAGUUACCAACCUUAUUCAGAAGCUUUCUAAGAAAUGUUAUAAACAAUUUGUAACUUGCCGUCCCCACUUGAAGAAAGCUCUAGAGAAAAAAUUUACAGUUUUGUCAAAGACCUUAACUCAAUUCGACGUCUCUCAACAACUGGCUUACAUGGAAAAGCGAUUCUGUUCGUUUUUCAGUGAAGACAAUCUCAAAAACUUAAUAGCAGAAAUUCAAAAGAAGAUAGUUGAGACUGACCACUUCGCUAUUUUAAGCGUUCCUAUACAAAUGUUCAUGUUAACAGAACUGUUUCUAAAAAACCCUGACAAAUACGUGAGCUUGUUAGAAGGAGUUUUAUCUAUAACAGAUUUGUACCACCACUUUAUCGAAGAAAGCUUUGCCUUCUACUUCAGAGACAAAGCAAACGUGUCGUCUCCAAAUCAUAUAUUGCAACAAUCGCUUGAUUUGGAUAAAAAAUACAGGAUCGCCAAUUACGAGAAACUGUCGUUGGAGCUGUUGUUUGGAAAAGAGUUUUUAUUGCCAGAAAAUACCAACAUAGACGAAUUCUUGCAAGAGAUAGAACAAGAAGGUGACAGUUGUGGAUUCAUUCUCGAAGUAACGAAGUACGGGAAAGUCGUAUUUGUCCACAAUUCGUACGCUGAGUACUUUGUUGCUAGCUUCUUGUCGAAACACAGCGAGGUAUGGCGGCAACUUUCAGACAUAAUAUUCAUUACAAAAUUUACAAACAUUCGACUCUUUUUUGAUUUGAUAUUGGCUAGAGACUGCCUUGCACACGUUGCCGUUUUGCAGAAAAACUUAGAAGCUCUAAAAAGAUACGAAAAUUUAAUAGAUCGUAGAGAUCUAGGAGGUAGAACUGCCUUACAUUUAGCAUGUUCCUGGGGUGUACGCUAUCCACUGUUGAAAAUAUCAAAACAGUCUAAUUAUUACCUCAUCGAUGACGAAUCUGCCGAAGAUUUCACUAUUGAAGUGGAAAGUUCAAUCUACAUAAAGAUUUUAGAAUUUUUGUUGGACAAAUGUAACAUCUACGAGGAAGAUCGUCUGUUUAAUCUAAAUUCAAAGUCGUACGCAGAGAAACUCAACUGUUUGGUAACUUUAAUGACCAUGAACCUAAAAUACCACUUUCGAAUUUCCGAUUCGGAUUUAAUCGUCUGCAACAUUCUCUACUACUCUGUGCUGUUGGGAGAUGCAGCUGCUCUAAAUUUGUUUGACGAUGCGAAGUACGUUGUCGCGAAGUUAGGUGGUCGAUCUUUACUACACUUCGCAGUUGUCAAGAACAACAUAAAGUGUGUUGAAAAACUCCUUUCCUUUCCUACAUAUCGCAUACAUCUAGACAGUUUGGAUCAUUUUGCUUCCACCACACCUCUGAUUUUAGCUUGUCUAUAUGGCUACAACGACAUCGUCGAACUACUACUCAAAUUCAAAGCAGAUGCAAAUAUGUCUAAUAAAAUAAACUUGACACCGUUGCAUCUAGCUGCUGCCUAUGGUCACCACAAUAUUGUAGUAACUUUGAUAAAGUAUGGUGCUAAGGCUAAUGCACAAGAUGAAAAAAAGGCUACACCUCUACACUUCGCUUGUGAUGGCUCAUAUGAAAACAUAGUCAACUUUUUGUUACUAUCAGGUGCCGAUAGUAACGUCAAGACGAAAAAAGGAGUUACGCCGUUGUGUCUGUGUGCUAAUAAGGGUUCCACUGGAGCGGCACUGUCUCUAAUCUUGAGUGGUGCUGACGUUAAUCUUCCACUCAACGAUGGAAGAACGCCUCUACAUCUAGCUGCUUACAACGGCCACGAACAUAUCGUCGAAAGUUUAAUAGCAUACGGUGCAGACACCAAUCCUGUUGAAAGUCAGAAUGGUUACACUCCACUUCAUGUCGCUUCAGCUCAUGGACAUCUCCAAGUCGUGACGUUGUUAUUAAAAGCAAACGCCAAUCCGAACUUUGUCGACAGAGACGGCAUUACACCAGUGUACCUAUCGUCUCAGAACGGACACGUCGACGUUACUAAAACCCUCUUAACUUUCAAAGCCGAUAUAAACAUCUACAAUCAGUUUGGAGUUACUCCACUAGCAAUAGCGUGUCAUCGAGAGCAAGCCCAAAUCGUCGACUUUUUGUCAAAACACGGCGCAGACGUUGAUUUUCGUACAAACGACGGCUGGACACCUCUUUACGUGGCUUGUUCUCGUAGAAACCUGAAGAUGGUACAAAGUUUGUUAAUCGCUAAAGCUAAUCCGAACAUUUCUGAUAGAGAAGGUUCGAGACCUCUUCACGCUGCUUGUUCUAACGGUGCCAUAGAAAUCGUCGAGCUGUUGUUGAUGUACAAAGCUAAUGUUAAUGCUGUUGAUGCUUCCGGGGUGCAGCCGCUUCAUCUUGCUGUCGAUAAAGGAAGCAAAGAGCUGGCGGAGCUUUUGAUACGAAUGGGGGCAGAUAUUGAAGCUUCGAUUAGACGUGGAUGGAAGUCUCUUCACAUUGCUUGUUCGCACGGAUUUAUCCAAAUUGUUGGUGUGUUGAUCGAAGCGGGGGUGAAGAUAGACAACGUUGCUGUCGAAGUAGCGCAAUCUAAAGGAUAUAGUGAGAUAGUUGAAUUGUUGAUGAAGACAAGGACUCAGAGGCGUAGACAAUCUGGCAGGUGUUCUUUGUGUUGAAAAGAAAUAACUACUGUGGAUAAUACUUACUAAAGUGUAUUAAACUAGAUUUUUAGAAUAAAAAAGUAGUUAACUA